UGCGUGUGUGCGUGCCUGCCUGCCUGUGUGACGUCAUUCGACGCAAGAAGAGGCGGGAGCCGACUGACGGAGUGUGUUGCUCGCUCACAGUGUCACACGAGCGGCCCGGUGUACUUGUUCUGUUUUGCGGCUUGACAGCUCCAGGGAGGCCGUGUUUGCAUUUCAUCUGGUCUAUAAACCCGUUGGCUUGGGUAGCCCGUGCUUCCCGUUAACCCCGCAGUUGUUUGGGCAGCUUGUGGCCAGUACUUUUUUUUUUUUGGUCAGCCUGAGCGCUGCAUCCGCGGCCCCGCUCGCCGGCCCGCGACACCUCCUUCCUCUAACGCCGCUUCUGGGUCUGCGGGAGCACGAGAGGAAGCGAGAGUCGCUUCUUCACUUUCAUCGUAAAGGCGAGAGGGAAGGAGCGAGCGUGCGAGCGAGCCAGGUAUGGCAGAGGAAACGUUAACAAGAAGUCAAGAGCCAAAGCAGAUCAAGCCAAAAGCAGAAAGUGAGGAGAGAGCGUUUUCCGCAUUUGGAGUAUAACCAGCGGCGGCAUAGGAGCCACUCCGCUUUGGCACUUCGAGACACUUCCACUCGUGUUUUUUUUUUUCCACCCUCUUCGGGUUCUUGGACAAGAGAUUUUGUUUUUAACUAUGGGAUUUUGAAAGUGAAUGUUGGCCUGAUAUCUUGCAGCUCUGGAUACGAGGCAGUCCAUAAAGGGAGUCCCGCUCGUCGCAGUUUCUCUUCGGGGCUGCUCAAGCCCAGUCGAACCGGUGGAUAGGCACGCACGGACCCCGCAUCCAGCUUGAUGGGUGCAAAACAGAGCAGCCCUUCCAGCAACGGCCGGACCAGGGCAUAUUCGGGAUCGGACCUGCCAUCCAGCACCUCCACGGGAGGUGGUAGCACCAGUAGGAUUGCUCCGGGAGCGGUGAGGUUUUCACAUUAUGGCCCGUCUACACAGGGAGCCUCGGGGAGCAACGCCACCGCAGCAGCCCCCGCGCCACCGCUCGGCCCAAGGACCAGGUCGAUGGGAGGCGCGGGAUCGGGGCCAGGCAGUAGAGCGCAAGGACUCAACCAGUCAGCCCUCAAUAUCCCAAACAGCGGUGGCACCUACAGCCCACAGGACUCCGGGAACAGCACUCCCGAAGACCGGCCGGGGGCAGGGCAUAGGCUGCUGAUCGGCUCUUUACCGGCUCACCUCUCGCCUCAUCUCUUUGGAGGAUUCAAGUGCCCAGUUUGUUCCAAGUUCGUCUCUUCUGAUGAAGUGGACUUACACCUCGUAAUGUGCUUGACAAAGCCAAGAAUAACAUACAAUGAGGAUGUCCUGACUAAAGAUGCUGGUGAAUGUGCAAUAUGUCUGGAAGAGCUUGUACAAGGGGACACAAUCGCACGUCUGCCAUGUCUAUGCAUUUACCAUAAGGGCUGUAUAGAUGAAUGGUUUGAAGUGAAUAGGUCCUGCCCAGAACAUCCGUCAGACUAAAGCUCUUAAAUGCUUUUUGCACAGGUUUUGGCCUUUCCUGUAUCUGUGAUCUGCCCACACCACUCAAGACUGCAGGAGAUGAAGCCAAUGCCAUCACAGAAACUUUUUUUUGCUGUCUUUUCCCACACUGAGUGACUGAAUUGCUUUUCUUAGACACACCGCAUUGAAACUCCACUUAUUUUGGGAGGGAAACAAUCUCUUUGCUCUUCAAAUAAAUUGCCACAUCUCUUUUAUGUGCCAAAAUUUGUUGAAUCAGCUUUCAGGGAUUAAAUCUAUAUAUGCAUUUAGGUAUCAGCGUGCAAGUGUGUGCGUGAGAGUGCGUUCAGCCGACACAUCCAUUAUAUACACUGAACUUUCCGAGUGCGCGCAUAUGAUUCAUAAUUUAUUCGUGCACAUCAAAUUCUGAAAUCGAUCGUUUAUUUAUUUUUCCCAUCCCCAAAAAAGUACUUCCAACCAGACAAUGCAUUUUUGAUUGAAACCUCUUCACUUCAUUGUGUUUCAAGAUGGUGAUAAAGAGAAUCAUUCAAAACCUGAGCCACCGUGAUAAAAAUCUUCAGAAAGUUUGUGUCUUCCAGAUUCGGGUUUGCACAGAUAGAUCCGUAGCGACUCAAUGGUGGAUAAAACAAGUGAUGUUGCUGCCAAACAGCCAAGAGAGGCUGAUGUCAGACCUCCACAAGUCGAUUUUCUAGGCUCCGUCUAGUUUUGCCAGCAGACCUGUCAAUUCUAAUUAAGUCCAUUUUGAAGUCUGCGUCAUUGCGCCGCGCUCCUCACAGGGUACGGGCUCAGAGCGCGGUUACCCGCGUAAUUUUUGUAUGAAAUUACAAAAGAAAACUUCAACACGCAUUUCCCCCAUUUGUGUAGUCUGCCGUUGCCACGUUUCCUUUGUCGUUUAUUCACUUUUGGUCAAAGUUAUGAAUUUAAAUUUUUUUGAACUGCCAUUUUGAGUGGUUGAUUCUCUCUGCACACAAACUUGCACUUGCAUCUCUGUAUGUGUAUCGUACAUGCAUGAUGCACUCCAGCAAACACUUUACUACCAGCGACCAUCUCUUCAGAAUGAUUUGCGUUUUGUAAACCAGACUUCCACAAAUGAAAGCUACACCUCAUACCUUUCAGCCGAUUCUUCGUUUGCCGUUGAACCGUCCUCAGUGCCUUUACUGCAUUAAUAAAGGGCAUACUCACAAAAGAGGCGCCAACCCUGGUGAACAGAUGUCGGCCGUGGGCGCACAUCAGUGCUGAAUGUGAUGGUGCCCAUAUAUUCUAUGAGCUACGUGAGCCAAACUCCUCGACUGUAGGAUACGAAUCGUGCCAGCGGAGUUGCGUCGGCGAGUCGUUCUUCAUACCGUCUGGGCUCCUGGCCUUUUCAACACUUUGACGGAGUUCAAAACGCAACAACAGGCACUCGAGUUGUUCAUGUUGUCUGCAACGGUGAAGGCUGCGGACUUUCCUCAUUUAUUUUGAGCGCCUUCAAGGUCCUUGUUGGGUUGUAGCAAUAUCUGUUUGGGACAUGAAGCAAUGCUGAUCCCAGACUCUAACCAAAAAAAUAACAGGGAAAAGUGUACAUAGUCGUCGAGCCUCCGCCAUUGUUGUUUGAUCAUGCUGCUUCUUAUGAACUUGUUUUGGUUUCUUAUAUUGUGUUUUUGUUGUUUUGUUUUUUUAACAAAUCUUCACAUUGACUCGUUAAACAGCAAAUGAAAUUCCUGCCACGAGAGCCGGACUGGCAGCAGCUCCGAUGGUCAUGUAAUAACAGUAAUGAUGACCUCCCACCUUUGGUGGUGUCCUUUGCCUUUUUUGUGUGAUGUACUCUCGCUCGUGGUCAAGCCGUGCAGCUCAGUUAGUGUAAUGCAUCUUGUUCAUUCAUCCUCACUUGGUUUGGGGCUGGGUAGGCCAGAAUGUUAAAUUCAUCCUAGUUGAAUGAAGCAGCUCUACAGGCGAGUGAACCGAACCGAAAUCUCUUCUCAUCUUCUGCCGACAUGUGCCCCGCCAAAAAAACACCCGCAGAAAGGCAUUCUGGUCCUGAUUUCAUACGUUCAGCGCUGAUUAAAACAUUGGAGGGUCACCAUUUACUGUGAUAUGCAGCUUCUUCCAGAUUCCCAUGAUGCUUUGUGUGCAGAAGUGCCUGCUAGUUUGUCUCGACGCACUUCUCUGGAUUUAACAGUAAGAUUUGGUGUAUUGGUUCUCAAGUGCAUUCCUGUGGCUGCCAGUUUUUGACUCGACGGGCUUCUGAUGUUACCAAACUCGUUCAGCAAGCCUACUUGAUGUUACUUCCCAGCUUGUAUGUUUUGGUGUCACCCUAGAAAUUACAAACCUGGAUGUGCUAACUUUGUGUUUUUAUGUAGAAGAACAAGCAUUUUUGUUUGUCACAUAAGGAUGGUGUUUUUAAGAUCGUCAUCAUCAUGAAUUUCCACUCCUUUUCUAGGUCUUGUGGUUACUUUUCACUGACGAGCACAUAAAUGGGCCCCCCGCUGCACCAUCCGGUCUACUCCACUUGUCACUCGCUGUCACUAUUAGGGUACAAAGCAGCAGAAAAGGUGAAUUUGACAUUUUUUUUUCUGUUCAGUAUCUUUUUGUGUUGUGCCGACUUUGUAAGAAGUUUACACCGUAAUUAGAUUUACAACAUUUAUAUGAGGGGGAGUCAAGCUAAAGUUAGAACAUGGAAUGAACCUUCACAAAGCUGGUGCUGUCAUUCAUUUCUCAAUGCACUUGUGCCCCCUGCCUGGAAGUGCCAGCAGAAUAAAAGGUUUUUUCUCGUCCUCGCUGCCCCUCGUGCACCCGAGUUAUUGUCGAACUCUUCAUGUCGAGGGGCACUCCAGUCAUACUGUGACUUGCUAGAGACCACUGUGACACCUGCUACUCGAUCCAAGCGGCGGGGACUUCUGUCUCAAGGGGUCCUUUUGUGGGCUGCAAGACAAUGACACCAGUAACACCACAGCUAAGGCUGGUCUGGAGAAACUGAAGUUGAAGGAAUCGCCACAUCCUCCUUAUUCGCCAGAUUUGGCAUCGUGUGAGUGCCACCUUUUUGGACCGCUUAAAAAAAAAAAAAA